AUGGAAUGGCUGACCAAGGAAGGCUGCAACUCUCCUUCCCUGGAGACCUUCAUCAUCACAGUCAUGUUCCCUGGUCCGCCGCCGCCGCCGCCGCCCCAGCCGGAGCCAAGGGAGGGCGGGCACCGGGGGGCACCGGGGGCACCGGGGGGCACCGGAGGGACAGGCCCAGCCCGGCUCAACCCCAGCCCACCCGGAGCAGCUCAGCCCGGGCCGGGCCCCGACCUCCCCCCCGCCGCCCCCGGCCCCCACGCUAUGGCCGUGGCACUGGACGAGCCGGCCCUGCCCUCCAUUGCCACCUUUGCCCACCUGCUGCCGGCCCACGACAAGCUGCCCUCCAUGCUCCAGCGGCUGCCCCCGGAGCCCUCUCCCCUCCUCCUGGCGGAGCUGGCCCAGAUCAAGAAGGAAGAGGACGAGCUGGGCAAAUUCGUGGACUUGGACUUCAUCCUGGCGCACACGGCCGGGGGGCCGGGGGGCGGGAGCGGGGGCGCGACCCCGGCCCAGCCCCCGCCGCCUCCCCCGCCGCCGCCCCCUCCCCCGCCCCCGCACGGCCCCCCGUCGUCGUGCUACCCCCUGCCCGAGACCCCCGAGAGCUGCGGUGCCACCUCCUACGACAGCGACGGCUCCUACCCGGGCCCUGCCGCCAAGUUCGCCUUGCCCCCCGUCUACCCCGACGGCCAGCCGCACAGCUACGUGGCCGAACUCCUGGGUCCCCUGAACGGUGGCGGGGGGUCCUGCGAGCUGCCCCCGCCGCCCCCGCCCCCGCCAAGACCCCGGGAGUACACCGAGCUGCGGGGCGCCCUGGGCCCGCCUCGCAUCAAGACGGAGCCGUCGGAAGAGCCCGCCUGCAUGCUGGGCGGCGGGGCCUGCCUGGUCCCCCCCGAGCAGAAGCCCCUCCGACGGCUGCCCCCGGCCUUCGGGCAGCACCUGCGGACCGGGCCGCCCCCCGACGGGCUGGGCCCCGGGGACCGGCCACCCCCGGGCCUGCUGGCCGAGCUGCACGGCCAGGCCUUCGGCCUAGGGGGGCCCUACCCCGGCCCGUCCCACUUCGGGACCCCGGCCCCUCCGCCGCAGUUCCACGGCCACUUCAGCAUGUUCCGGGACGGGGGGCUCAAGGCCCCCCCGGGGCCGCCCCCGCCGCCCCCGGGCCUGCACGGCCUCAUGGUCACCCCGCCGCACUCCCCCGUGCUCGACUACUUUCCGGGGCUGGGGCCCCCUCCCCUCCCGCACCCCCACCUGGCCCUGCCCGGCCCCGACGACGGCACCAAGCCCAAGAGGGGACGGCGAGCCUGGGCCCGCAAACGCACGGCCACGCACAACUGUGAAUACCCCGGAUGUGGCAAGACCUACACGAAGAGCUCCCACCUCAAGGCCCACAUGCGGACGCACACGGGUGAGAAGCCCUACCACUGUACCUGGGACGGCUGCGGCUGGAAGUUCGCCCGCUCCGACGAGCUGACCAGGCACUACCGAAAACACACGGGCCACCGGCCUUUCCAGUGCCAACUGUGCGAGCGGGCCUUCUCCCGCUCCGACCACCUCGCCCUGCACAUGAAGAGGCACAUGUGAGAUGCCCUCUUGGGGGCCCCCCACAUUGCGGGGGCCGGACACUGACCGAGGCAGGCACCCCGGGGCCGAACUGGACUGCGGGGGGCAGGGGGAGGGAAGGGCCGAGGGCAGGCUUAGGCUGGAAGCCUGCCGACCGCCUCGCCCCCCGCCCGGCCGCGAUUUCCGAGCCUCCUG